AUGUUUGACGGUGUCGAAGUUCUGCCACAUCCAGCCUAUAGUCCAGACGUUGCUCCAUCUGACUACGGUCUCUUCCGAUCAAUGCAGCACUUUAUGAAAGGUCGCCGAUUUGAGUCAUUCGAUGAAGUUGAAGAAGCAUGUGAAGAAUUUUUCGAUUCAAAGUCGAAGGAGUGGUACUUUGACCAAAUCCGAAAGCUUGCAGAUCGUUGGCAGAAGGUCGUGGACAAUGACGGUCUUUAUUUUGAAGAAUAG